AUGGUGACGCUGAGGUAUUUUGCAAGCGGUUCCUUUCAAGCAGUGAACGCCGAUGUACAUGGGAUGCACAGAAUGUCGAUAUCUCGCAGCAUUCAUUCAGUUUCGAAGGCAUUGUGCAACAACAUCAACAAAUACAUAAAAUUUACACCACAGAACGACUUGAGAAGCGUUAAACAAGGAUUUUAUGACAUAGCGAAAUUUCCCAAUGUGGUUGGUACCAUUGACGGGACUCUGAUACCAAUAAAAUGUCCUUCAAACAAUGAUGAACUGUAUGUUUGUAGAAAGGGCUAUCAUGCCAUCAAUGUACAAGUAAUAAACGAUCAUCGGCUAAUUUGUACUGACAUCAUGACAAAAUGGCCAGGUGGAACACACGACUCUUUUAUGUGGAAUAACUCUGCUAUUCAAGAACGCUUUGCCUCUGGCGAAUUUGGAGACAGUUGGUUGCUGGGUGACAGUGGUUAUCCUUGUUUGCCUUUUCUGUUGACUCCCGUAUUGAAUCCUCAGACAGGAGGGCAGAGAAAUUACAACCAAAGCCAAAGAAAAACAAGAAAUGCGAGUGAAAGAGCGAUUGGAGUGUGGAAGAUGCGAUUUCUAUGUUUGCAUGCCUUUGGUGGUUUUCUUAUGUACAGCCCAGAAAAAUGUGUCAACAUCAUAGCUGCAACGGCUAUAUUGCAUAACAUAUGCAGACAGAAGGGAAUUCCUCUUAUGGAUUAUCAGAUUCACGAAAACGAAGAUGAUGAUGACAACAAUCAUUAUCAAAUUGUUCUACAAAACCAACGAGGAAUUGAUCUGAAGAUGGGACUUAAACCGUGUCUUAAUGACAAGAUAUGUGCCAAGAAAUACUCUGAAAAAUACUCAAAAAACAGUCAGCAACAGCGUAUGGCAGCAUUCGGCUCCUACUAUUCGAAGAUAUCAGUUGCUUACGCUCUCAUUUAA